AUGUCCAGUCCUGUACUUUCCUUCUACAGAAGCGCACCAGAUGAUGUAUAUUCUUUCAAUGUUAAUACCGGCUGUUUUAAUCAGACUACAGACUUCGCUCUCUAUUACCCAGUUCAGGACGAAUCACUGGCCAUUGCAGUCGAUCGAACAACUACCACAUGUCCAUUGCAAGACUUUGGACUUGACACAGCUUCGCAAUCUGAUUGGCAAAUGCCAGUGCCUUCAGUGUCUCAACCAGGAUUUACUUCGGAUCUACUCUCGCUUAAUCCAGGGGCAGAGCCAUUUGAGAACCAGCUACGGGGCGAUCAACAUAUUGUGGACCGACGUCCUCGCCAAUCGCAAGGCCAUAUCAAUGACCACGGCGAGCAGGGAGACUCAAUCCCACCUUUGAUAAAUCAAUCCUAUCCUCCUCAGUCUGUAACCCAGAACGGCGUUUGCCAAAUUACAGGCAAAACGUAG